UCAACCAACCGCGAGAGUGAAGUACGUUGUGCAAGUACCCAACUUCUCGGAACAUUUUCAGUCAUUCGCGGCGCGACAUCGAGAGUUUAGUGAUCGUCGAGUGUGUGGAGCAAAUUGUACGGUCGAGCUAGCAAAAUGGCGUCAAUACUGCGAAAAUCCGGUCUGGUUUUGGCCGAUUUGGCUGCCAAAUCAUCGCCCAGGAUAUUGGGAAGUGCCGGCCAGCGGCGUAAUCUGAACGUACAGGAGCAUGUGUCAUACACAUUUUUAAACGAAGCGGGUAUCCCAACGCCAAAAUUCGGCGUUGCAACCUCUUCACAGGAUGCAGAGAAGAUUGCCAAAGGUCUUAACACUAAGAAUUUGGUUCUUAAGGCACAGGUACUGGCCGGGGGUCGCGGAAAGGGUAGCUUCAAGAAUGGUCUCAAAGGUGGUGUCCGAGUGGUUUUCUCGCCACAGGAAGCCCGUGACAUUUCUGGAAAAAUGAUCAAACAACUGCUGGUGACCAAACAAACUGGCGCCGCUGGUCGCAUUUGCAACUCGGUCAUGGUAGCCGAACGGAAGUUCCCCCGCCGAGAGUUCUACUUUGCCGUCAUGAUGGAGCGGGCGUUCAACGGUCCAGUGCUGAUUGCCUCCUCGCAGGGUGGUGUCAACAUCGAAGAGGUUGCUGCCGAGAAUCCGGAUGCCAUCGUGUACGAACCCAUCGAUAUUAAGGCCGGUUUACAGAAAGCCCAGGCUGUUGCGAUUGCCAAGAAAGUUGGUCUGGAAGAUCACGCUGAUGAGACAGCCAAGAUGCUUCUGAACAUGUACGACCUAUUCUGUAAAAAGGAUGCACUACUGAUCGAAAUCAACCCGUACGCCGAAGAUGCUGGUGAAACCUACUUUGCGCUGGACGCCAAGAUGCGAUUCGACGAUAAUGCCGAAUUCCGACAGAAGGAUCUGUUCGCCAAGCGUGAUCUGUCCCAGGAGGACAGCAAGGAGGUUGAGGCGUCCAAGUUUGACCUGAACUACAUCGCCCUGGACGGUUCGAUCGGGUGUCUGGUCAACGGUGCCGGUUUGGCCAUGGCCACGAUGGACAUCAUUAAACUGCACGGUGGCGAUCCGGCCAACUUCCUCGACGUCGGUGGCGGUGCCAGCGUCAAGGCCGUGAAGGAAGCCUUCCGGAUCAUCACAUCCGAUCCGAAGGUGCACGCUAUUCUGGUCAACAUUUUCGGCGGUAUUAUGCGAUGCGACGUCAUUGCCGAGGGUAUUAUCCAGGCCACCAAGGAGCUGAACAUUAAAAUGCCGAUCAUUGUAAGAUUACAGGGAACGAAUGUGAAUGAAGCAAAAGAACUGAUCAAGAAGUCUAAACUGCGAAUCUUGCCCAAGGACGAUCUUGAUGAAGCCGCUAUGUUGUCAGUGCAUUUGGCUCAGAUCGUACACCUUGCCCGGGAGGCCCAUCUAGAUGUUAGCUUCGAACUGCCCGACAGUUACAUUCAAUAAACGAAAUUCUCUAUUGUUUUAGUCGAAAAAAAAACACUAUUCUAAUUUAUUUGUUAAAGUUCGGCAACGCUCCUUUAUUUGUGGAUUGUUACACAUCUCAAAAUAAUUAUUUCGAUAAACUGUAAAUUGAACUACGAAUUUUUCGGAGAGUAAAAUGCAAGACCCUGUGCUAAGACCUUAUGUCUAACCACAGCAUAGUUGAUAUCUCAAAUAUGUAGUUAGUUUUAUUCGUGCCUCGUAUGAUUAAUUUAUUUCAAGAAUAAAUGCCGUUCUACGCGGUUUGUUUGUUUUCAGUUAUCUAGUUUAUUAGCUUUAACAAUUACUAAUAUGAAAAUCGGACUGUUGUAUAACUGUCCUACACAUUGUUCGGAAUUUGCAACAAAAAAUUCAGCGUCCAUCGGAGUUAGAAGCUGAAACCAACCGAAUAGACUUAUAUGUACUGCACCCCUAAAUAUUGUUGAGAGCUGCACCCAACUGUCUAUGUAUCGUCAACGUUGUUCGAAGCAUCGCGCUAAAAUUAUGAACUUAUCUAUAUACCUUUGGGGAAAAUUAACAAAUGAAAAAAAAUCCAAAGCCGCUUUUUGUUCCCUGUCUUAUGUUUGAAUUUAUCUUGAUUUUUGUCUACAUCUGCCGGAUUGUCUUUAAUCAAAACGAAGAACACGUGAUAAAAUGGUGUGAUCGCUAAUAUUUUGGCUCCCAUACCUAUACAAUGUGUUUUAAAAUCGCAAUUCAUUUUACCAGGCCGCAAGAGCAUAAAUAACGUCUAAAAAUAAAUAUAUAAAAAAUAAACAAUAAA